AUGUGCCGCGGAUUGCAGUCCAUACAGUUGCCACAUCCCGAAAAACGAACGUCUUGUCCAGAAAAGCUCCGCCAAGCAAACCGACGCGCUGCCGAUAUGCGGCCUCCCAGUGGAGGAGCAUCACAAUACGUUGAGGGCUGGACAUUCACCAAUAUGCGCACUUCCUUUUCCAAAGUCAUGGGAAAAUAUCGUGCGAGAUCUGAUCACAUUGGGGGUCGCGCAGCAGCAUUACGACUCCCGAUUACACAGGAAACCUUGUAUUCGUCGCAACCACCCGGCGAACGACGGUGUGAUAGGUCCCGGGGCCCUGGCCAGCCCUACCACCCAUCGUGGUCUAACCCGCUCGGCUACAAUGCAGAUGUGUUGGCCUUGCAAUCGCAUGUGGGAACCCGUUUGUGUGGGAGACGAGUAUCAAAGGAGAGCCGCCACCAUGAGCUCUCAAACCCAAUCAAUGCCACCUCCGCUUCGCACAAAUUCCAUCGCUUCCAAAACCUCGGAGUCCUCUGGUCAAUUAUCACCAGCCUCCACUACAUCACCCACAUCACCCAAAGUCGCCUCACCAACAGAGAAUCAAUUCUUCGGUGCCAUUACACAGCGUCUUCGCGGUCGCUCGAGGAGUCGCUCCAGGGGAGCCGUCUCGCGCAAACGCUCAAAGUCUCCCAUGCCACAAGCGAAACCAAACGACACAAGGCCAGCUUUAGAGUCGACUGGAAGGACUGUGAGUGA